GACCUUGUACAUACAUGUAAAUAGUGAAUGCAUGAACGAAUGAAUCUCGGCACGUGUGGCGUAUGUAAUGUUAAAACUAGUUUAGUAGGUAGCCGUUCUUCAGUCAAGUUUUUGAUUCUUUCUUCUUGAAAUGGAGGGGAAAUGGGAGGAGUUACCAGUUCCACUCAGUCGUUGCGUGCAAAAGAGUUUGAGGAAAUUGAAAUUUGACAGAAUGACUCCAGUUCAGGCAGCAACGAUCCCACUUUUUCUGGGGAACAAGGAUGUGGCUGCAGAGGCGGUGACUGGCAGUGGAAAGACUUUAGCCUUUGUGAUACCUAUCAUAGAGAUACUACAAAGAAGAGAAGAGCCAUUGAAGAAAAAGGAGGUUGGUGCUAUAAUCAUCACACCAACGAGAGAGUUGGCCUACCAGAUCAACGAGGUCCUGGAACAUUUCACCAGUGGUCUCCUGCCCAACCUGACAAAGCUCCUACUGAUAGGGGGCAGCAGUCCUCUCGCUGACCUCGAGAAACUACAAGAGGGAGCCAACAUCCUCAUCGCCACACCAGGUCGUCUUGAGGACAUGUUUGAGAGGCCCACCACAGGGAUCAGUCUACCGGCCAUGGUCAAGUCUCUGGAAGUCCUUGUCUUGGAUGAAGCUGACCGAUUGCUGGACAUGGGAUUCACUAAAAGCAUCAACACAAUCUUAGGUUACCUACCCAAACAGAGACGCACCGGGCUGUUUUCUGCAACACAGACGGAGGAAGUCGAAGCUCUAAUUAGGGCGGGGCUCAGAAAUCCAGUCAGAAUCGUUGUCAAAGAAAAGAACAGUUCAUCGUCUCAUGUGAGAAGAACACCUUUAACUCUAACAAACUACUAUGUGAUAAGCCCCAGUGAUGAGAAGUUUAGGCUGAUGGUUGCGUUUCUCAGGAAAUACAGAGACCAGAAACACAUGGUGUUCUUCAGCACAUGUGCGUGUGUAGAGUACUUCACAUCAGUGCUUCAAGCUCUAGUACGAAACACAACUAUCCUCUCACUACACGGCAAGAUGAAGCAGAAGAGGAACUCUGUAUUCAAUCAGUUCAGGGAGCUAACAAGUGGAAUUCUGGUGUGCACCGAUGUGAUGGCUAGAGGGGUAGAUAUCCCAGAAGUUCAUUGGGUUCUUCAGUACGAUCCUCCUAGCAGUGCAAGUGCCUUUGUACAUAGAUGUGGAAGAACAGCUCGUAUCGGUAACUUAGGCAAUGCUCUGGUGUUCCUCAGGCCUACAGAGGAUUCAUACAUUGAAUUUCUGAAGAUAAACCAAAAGGUUCACCUAGAGCUGUAUGAGGAGAUGGAUGAUCUUGAAGUGGUGGAUGUUAUUCCUAAGCUUAGAAAGCUAGCAACCAAAGACAGAGCUUUAUUUGAGAAAGGAACGAGAGCUUUCGUCUCCUUCAUCCAGUCAUACGCUAAGCAUGAAUGUAGUCUCAUCUUCAGAGUCAAAGAGCUUGACAUGGCAGCGCUUGCCAGAAGUUUUGCCCUCUUACGCCUUCCUCGUAUGCCAGAGCUGAAAGGAAAGGACUUUCCAGAUUUCAUACCAACAGAAGUGGACUACAAUGCAAUACCCUACAAGGAUAAGAACCGAGAGAAACAGAGGAAGCAAAGACUAAAGCUGAUUGAAGAUGGCGUUAUCACAGGCCACAAAAAGCAGAGAAGAGUUAAAACUGUAGCAUGGUCCAAGAACAAAGAGCAGAAAGAGAAGAAAAAGGAAAGGAAGCAGAAAAAAGUAGCUGCCAAGAAGAGGAAACAAGAGUUUGAUGAGAGUGAGCUGAAUGAACUAGCAGACGAUGUCAGGCUUCUGAAGAAACUCAAGAAGGGAAAGAUCAGCAAAGAAGACUUUGACACCAAUUUUGGAGUCGCCAAAGAGGAUACAUCAGCACCCGAAAAGGAGAGCGUGGCCGAAAAAACAUGACAGUCCCAUUCAUUUGUUUCUGUGUUGGACAUUUAUUAGAAGGAUGCAGAUAACACUGGCAUAUUCCAGAAGGAUUGGACAAAUGCUUGUAGAUGUGGGACUCUACUACUCUUAGUGCUAUCGAGGCAUCCUAUUCUCACCUACAUCACUCAUCCAGGCUAUUCUCUUUGAGUUUAUCAUCUUUAAAGGCAUCGUUUAACAAUUU